CGGAAGAGACGCUUUCUGUCGGCGCUUUUCUUAAAAGGUUAAUAAAAUAAGUGCGGAUAUCUGACAGAUUUUCCGGUCGAACUGAGCGGAACCAUGUCCGGCAGCUGGUGGAGCGGUACCGCGGUGACCCACGGGCUCACGGCCCUGUUCGCCAUGGGUUCGUGGGUUUCUGUCAACAGUCUGUGGGUCGAGCUGCCGGUGGUGGUCCGGGAGCUUCCCGAAGAGUGGAACCUUCCUGCCUACCUGUCCGUCCUCAUAGCUCUGGGGAACCUGGGUCCGAUGGCGGUCACGCUGACCCACCACUGCGCUCCGGGUCGUUUGAACGAGCGAGUCCUGAUCCACUCCAUCCAGGUGCUGGCGGUACUGGCGUCCGCCCUGCUGGCCAUGUUCUGGUCCCACACCGUSACGGUGGCAGGAGUGGACCGGUCCGUGCCCUUCCUGGUCCUGACCUUCGUCCUGGCCUCGGUCUGCUGUACGUCCACCGUCACCUUCCUGCCCUUCAUGUUCCGGUACCCCUCUCAGUACAUCCGGACCUUCUUCAUCGGGCAGGGCCUCAGCGCCCUGUUCCCCUGCGUGGUGGCGCUGGYUCAGGGGGUCAGCCAGCUGGAGUGCAGGACGGUGAACGGGACGGUGAAGCCCGAGCGUCUGCAGGAGAACUUCCCUGCUCAGAACUUCUUCUGGUUCAUGUUCGUYAUGCUGCUGGUCUCAGCUCUAAGCUUCAUGGCUCUGACCAGCAGACGGACCGACCCGCAGCAGGACAGCCCGCCCAAGGAGCUGGACGGCGUCGCUGCGACCAAGAACGGAGAGGAGACGCACAAGCUSUACAACGGAGGAGCGCCGGUGUCUGAGGAGGAGGUGAAGGUGGAAGAGCAGCCGCCUGCUCCGGCCUUCUGGACGUCACGAAACAUUUACCUGCUGAUUCUGCUCGCCGUCUCCAACGCCCUGACCAACGGCGUGCUUCCAUCGGUGCAGAGCUUCUCCUGUCUGCCCUACGGCUCCAUGACCUUUCACCUCUCUGUGGUUUUGGGCAACAUCGCAAACCCCCUGGCCUGCUUCCUCGCCAUGUUUGUAGUUCUCAGGUCCUCUGCAGGUCUGGGCCUCCUGUCUUUGGCCGCAGGCGUCUUCGCAGCGUAUCUCAUGGCGUUGGCGGCGCUCAGCCCCUGCCCUCCGCUCCUGGGAAACCCYGCAGGAGUGGCGCUGGUGGUGGUCUCCUGGAUUGUUUUCACGGGACUCUUCUCRUACCUGAAGGUGGUGAUCGGGUCCUUGCUGCACGAGGCGGGUCACGCGGCGCUGCUGUGGUGCGGUAUCUCCAUCCAGGCGGGCUCCCUGGUGGGAGCUCUCACCAUGUUCCCCCUGGUGAACGUCUACCAGGUCUUCACUGCAGCCCGGGACUGUGACAACGACUGCAGCUAACAGCUAACAGCUACUUCCUGUUGCAGAUCCACACCUGUGUUUUUAGCAGACCUGAGCAGAUGAAGUGGUUUACUGCAGACCCUGACCCAUUGUGUUGGUUCUGGUCCGGUUUACCAAAAGACACAUCAUUCCUUCACCAACUCUGCUACUUUCCUCCGUUUGGUGCCAACAAAGCUCCUCCCUGCUGCAGGAGGUGGAGCUUUUCAAACUUGUAGUUUGAUCAGACUCUCUGUGAAAUUUAUAUUUGUUUUUCACAAAAACACAAUAACUUUUAUAUUUUAAUAUAUUUAUUAAUGGAUGAACAGAGAAGAAGAAUCAGGCUGGAUGAUGUUUUAAUUAAUUUAAUUAAUUUAAUCCUGAUGAUAAACUGUCUUACUGCCCUCUAGUGUUCAUUUAGGGGAAAAUCAUCUCAUGAUUUAUGAAUUCCUUUCAGUUAAUUUUGUUAUUUUUACUCAUAUUUUUAUAUCAGCCCACUKGUAUGGGAUAAAACUUGUGCCWGCAGGAAGUGAAUGUGAAUUUCUCAGAUUGAAUCUGAGUGUUUAUAAGUGAUGGGAUGAUGAUACAAGGAGUGUGUCGACACACUACACAAACUGUGUCGGCUCUGUUUUGACACUGUGUUGGUCACUCUAUAGUGACCCCUGCUGUAGUUAUAAAUUACUGCAGGUAAACAAAAUGAAGAGAAGAUAGAUGCUGCAAACAUCAGCCUGUGAAAUAUUGAAUCACCAGUUUUUUACUUAAAAUAUGAUGUCAUCAUUUAAUUUGCUCAAUUUGUUUACUGAGUUAAGUUGUUCAUGAGAAGAGUUUAAAACUUAACUUAAAAACCUUGUUUGUCUAACCUGAGUUGUAAAAUACAGCAGAUUUGUCUGUAAUAAAAUUCAAAGUUAAAA